AUGGAAUUGCCCCAGGCUGCUUCGGAACCUUCCGCUGGAUUCGGCCACAUGCAGAAACGCCGAAGCGUUUUUUGUGGGGCCAGCCGUUCAACCGAUGCGAGCAACGAGGAUGAGCUACAGGAGCUGACGCGUUUCUUCCGGCAAAAACUUGCAAUUGACUGUCCCGCUUUUUUCCCUCCAAAUUCCCUCCCUACAGACGCUGCGUCAGAGCUCCCGGCUGCUUUAGCGUCUCCGCAAGACUGGGGCCGUCUUCUGCACUUUAUGCAAGAGCUACUCAGUCGUUCUUUGGAUCCUCCCAUCCCGCUGUUUCUGCCGGUCCUCAGUCAAAACCAGGUCGCCCAGUCGACCAGCCUUACCUGUGACGAGAAACCGUCGCCUUGCCAUGCGAUCCACCCCAGGGAGCCCUUUGGCGGCGCAACGGCGCAGCAGGGGAUCGCCAAGGACGAGGAACACGAAGAGCUCCUGCUUCAGUGCACCAGGUCCAUUCGCGUCGUCCUCUCUGCGGCAGGGAAAAUACCAGUUCAACUGUGCGUUCAACAAGGUGCUUUGCCUUUGCUCGUCCAAGCUCUCUGCUGCCGGAACAGAGAAAUCAUGUUUGAGGCAGCAUGGUGUGUGACUAACAUCGCGAGCGGGUCCUCGGAAGACGUCACUGCUCUCGUGGCGAGUGGCUGUCUCGUUCUGCUCUUCGCCCUCGUCUUUUCCUUCCAUCCUUCUCGUUUGUCUUCUCUGGGACCGCCUUCUUCGGGAGCGCCGCAACCUCACUCUCCGGAUCGCGACGAGGAAGAAGUGUUGGAGCAGAUUCUGUGGGCUCUCGGCAAUAUUGCAGGAGACAGUCCCCACUUUCGCGAUCUUCUUCUGUCUCCAGACGCCUUGUUCCAACACACUCAGCAACUCCAAUGUUACCCGUCAAUACAGCAGCAACCCCAGCUGUCGCACCUUCUUCAGCACUACAAAGAAAGCCUCGUGCGCCUGCAACAGCUACGCCGCACAGAAUUCGGCUGUGGCAACGAGGAGGAGUCUCAGUUUCCUUCUCUCCAAGGACAACUUCUUGCCCUCAUCUCGCAGUGCCGAAACAUUCAAACCUGGCGCACAUGCGUCUGGCUUCUCUCCAAUCUCUGUAGAGGACAACCUCGGCCUCAGCUCCAGCGCCUCCUGCCAGUCGUGCCGCUACUGCAGCACGUGCUCCUCAACUUCCAGGACGACGAGGCCCUUUCAGAUGCACUGUGGGCGCUCGAUGGCCUCGCCGGACACCCCCGGGGCGCCACGCUGCUUGCCGAGCGACGAGAACUCCUCACAGCUGUUAUCCACGUCCUAGCUCACUGCAGCAGCGCGUGUUGCUGCCGUUGUCCUACACUGUCGGCCACGGCUUCCCCAGACCAUGCUGCGGCGCCCUCGAGCCUUCAUGUCUGGCCACUUAAGGAGGCCGGCGGGCCGUUUGCGAGGAAUUCGUGCUGUCGAACUUGCUGUGGCGCCUCCCCAAAAUCUCCACCUGAAGCCGAGACCGAGCAACACCACCAGAUGUGCGUCCGACCUGCGCUGCGCAUUGUCGGCCAAGUAGCAACGGGAAGCGUCCGACAGACGCAGCUUCUGCUCGACUGUUGUGUCACGGAUCAAAGGGGCAUCUACGGCGACGAGAACUCCCGCCAUGCGUCUUCCACAGCUGAGAGGAGUCUCAGUAGCCAACCUUCUUCCCUGUUGCUUCACAUUUUGCGCAUCUUGCUUCACCACGAGCGGAAGGCAGUUCGAAAAGAUUGCGGGUGGUGUAUCAGCAACAUUGCUGUCGGAUCUCUUCACCAACUGCAGCAACUCUUAGACUUGGGAGUUCUGGAGGCAGUUCUCAUGCAGCUGUCCUCACGGGGAGAGGAAGAAGAGGAAGUCCGCCGAGAACUUCUCUGGGUAGUCGUGAACGCGUGCACCACAGCCGACCGAGCUGUCUUGGUCCGCCUCCUCGAGCUGGGGGCCGUUCGUCCGGUAUGCGAAAUGCUUCGAGUUGCGGCGCGCACUGCCGAUCCGAAAGCUGCGGCGGCUGCAGUCGACGCGGUUGCUUCCAUUCUUGAAAAGUCGGCGCCUGCGGUUGUGGCGGAGCCUGGGACACGCGGCAGGGGGGAUAGGGACUGCUCCGAGAGAGCUGAGACAGGCUGGCAGGCGAACGGUUCUGCCGCCGUCCAGCAGUCACUAGGGAAUAUUUGCUGGGAUGAAAAGGGGAAGAGCCUGGGUUCCAGCCAUGUCUCUGAACUCAUCGCUGCCAGCUGCGGGUGUUGCUGUGGAGAGAACAGCGGGAAUAGGCAUGUCUGUGCGUGCACGUGCCAUCACCUAUUGCUCCUGUCUAGCGCACUGCUUCUCGAAGAGGAGUGCCCGAUGUUGGUGCAACUCCUUGUUCAGCAACUCCAGCAGCAGCCGGCGGGUUUGUGUUCUGACCUGGUUGCUCGUAUUGGGCGGACUGGAGAGGCGCUUGUUGAGGUCGCCUCCGUCGUCAAUCGGCAUCGGUUCAUCGUUCGUCAGUUGAUCCAAGAGUAUCAACAGCGCCGCGAGCAGGCUAUCAUGGACUACCUGGUAAGGAAAAGCAUGUCGAAGGAAAGCCGUGCCUGCGGAUCGAGACUCAUCCCGCGCGAAAACAGGAUUGACGGGGGCUGCCGGGGGCAAGGAGACGCCGCGGUUCCGCCUCAGACUUUGCCCUGUGGCCUGGAGUGUUUGAUGGAUGGCCACCAGUCCAUGCCAGUGUCGUCUGAUGGGAAACGACUUUUUAGAAGCUAA